AUCGGAGGCUCGGAUCUGAAUGCCGUGUUCUAACUGGGAAUGAGCUAUGUGGUAGCUAAUGCUUGGAACAGACAAGAAAUAAAAGCCUCUCUUGUUCUUGGUGGGUUUUAGAUCUCUCUGCAUUUCAACUUUCCCUUCAUCCCCAAGAAAGUUUUGGGUCUUUUUUUUUGCUCAGAAUGGCAACCAACUCGGUUUCCAAGCUCUCAAUGUUGGUUUUGGGGCUGUUUUGGCUUCUGGGUGUUCAGCUUGUUCAAUGUAGUGUGACAUAUGAUAGAAAGGCCAUCUUGAUUAAUGGGCAGAGGAGAGUCCUCUUCUCUGGCUCCAUACAUUACCCAAGAAGCACUCCUGAGAUGUGGGAAGGUCUGAUUCAGAAAGCCAAAGAAGGUGGUCUUGAUGUUGUUGAAACCUAUGUGUUCUGGAAUGUCCAUGAGCCUUCCCCUGGCAAUUACAAUUUUGAAGGGAGAUAUGAUCUGGUGAGGUUCAUAAAAACCAUUCAGAAAGCUGGACUCUACGCAAACCUACGCAUUGGACCUUAUGUCUGUGCAGAGUGGAACUUCGGAGGCUUUCCUGUUUGGCUGAAGUAUGUCCCAGGCAUUAGCUUCAGAACAGAUAAUGAACCUUUCAAGAGAGCAAUGCAGGGAUUUACAGAAAAAAUUGUGGGGAUGAUGAAAAGUGAAAACUUGUUUGAGUCCCAAGGUGGCCCCAUCAUUCUCUCUCAGAUUGAGAAUGAAUAUGGAGUACAGAGCAAGCUAUUUGGGGCUUCUGGGAAAAAUUAUAUGACAUGGGCGGCAAAGAUGGCUGUAGGACUGGGAACUGGAGUCCCAUGGUUGAUGUGCAAGGAAGAGGAUGCCCCAGAUCCAGUGAUUAAUACAUGCAAUGGCUUUUACUGCGAUGCAUUCUCUCCUAAUAGACCCUACAAGCCUUCAAUGUGGACCGAGGCUUGGAGUGGCUGGUUUAAUGAGUUUGGGGGUCCAAUUCACCAUCGACCGGUUCAGGAUUUGGCGUUCGCUGUUGCUCGGUUCGUUCAGAAAGGAGGGUCGUUUAUUAACUAUUACAUGUACCAUGGUGGGACGAACUUUGGACGUACAGCCGGAGGACCUUUCAUCACUACCAGCUAUGACUACGAUGCUCCGAUAGAUGAAUAUGGCUUGAUCAGGCAACCAAAGUAUGGUCAUUUGAAGGAGCUUCAUAGGGCGGUGAAGAUGUGCGAGAAAGCUUUAGUUUCAGCAGAUCCAAUUGUGACUUCAUUAGGGAGCUCUCAACAGGCUUAUGUCUACACAUCAGAAUCACGAGGCUGUGCAGCCUUUCUUUCAAAUUACGACACAAAUUCAGCUGCAAGAGUGAUGUUCAAUAACAUGCACUAUAAUUUACCUCCAUGGUCCAUCAGUGUUCUUCCUGAUUGCAGAAAUGUAGUUUUCAAUACGGCCAAGGUCGGAGUUCAAACAUCACAACUGGAAAUGCUACCAACAAGUUCUCCAAUGCUCUUAUGGGAAAGCUACAACGAAGACGUUUCUUCCGAGGAUGAUAGCAUGACAAUGACUGCUUCUGGUUUACUGGAGCAGCUAAAUGUUACCAAAGACACUAGUGACUACCUAUGGUAUAUUACUAGUGUAGAUAUUGGCUCAACAGAAUCCUGCCUGCACGGUGGAGAACUCCCCACACUGAUUGUGCAGUCAAGUGGGCAUGCCGUGCAUGUCUUUAUCAAUGGGAGGCUUUCAGGUUCUGCCUUCGGGUCUAGAGAAAAUCGAAGAUUCACUUACACUGGAAAAGUCAAUUUUUGGGCUGGACGAAACACGAUUGCACUCCUGAGUGUCACUGUGGGACUGCCAAAUGUUGGGGGACACUUUGAGAAGUGGAACACGGGAAUCUUAGGUCCAGUUGCUCUUCAUGGACUUGAUCAAGGAAAAUGGGACUUGUCCUGGUCGAAAUGGACUUACAAGGUCGGGCUGAAAGGAGAAGCCUUGAAUCUCGUAUCUCCAAAUGGUAUAUCUUCAGUCGAAUGGAUUGAAGGAUCAUUGGCUGCACAAGCACCGCAACCACUGACUUGGCACAAGAGUAACUUCGAUGCACCUGAAGGAGCUGAGCCAUUGGCUUUAGACAUGCGGGGAAUGGGAAAGGGUCAGAUAUGGAUUAAUGGACUGAGUAUUGGAAGAUACUGGACUGCAUACGCUGCUGGCAACUGUGAUAAAUGCAAUUAUGCUGGAACAUUUAGACCUCCAAAGUGUCAGCAAGGCUGUGGCCAGCCGACACAAAGAUGGUACCAUGUGCCUCGUGCUUGGUUGAAGCCCAAAGACAAUCUGUUAGUAGUCUUUGAGGAACUCGGAGGGAAUCCCACAGGCAUAAGCUUGGUGAAGAGAUCAGUGACUAGUGUCUGUGCCGACGUCUCUGAAUUCCAUCCAACUCUUAAGAACUGGCACAUCGAAACCUACGGAAAGUCAGAGGAUUUACAUAAACCCAAAGUUCAUCUUAGGUGUUCUACAGGUUAUUCCAUAACUUCCAUCAAAUUUGCAAGCUUUGGAACUCCAUUAGGAACCUGCGGGAGCUACCAGCAAGGAACUUGCCACGCUCCUAUGUCAUAUGAUAUUCUAGAGAAGAGGUGUGUAGGGAAGCAAAGAUGUGCUGUUACCAUAUCCAAUACUAACUUUGGGCAAGAUCCAUGUCCAAAUGUUUUGAAGCGAUUAUCGGUGGAAGUUGUGUGUGCUCCAAUGACUACAGCAGCAGAACCCAACUGGAAGGGUUGAUCGGAUCGGUUGAAAAGGGGAGAUUUAGCUUAUCAUGAAGGGUGGCAUGGUUCAAUUACCAGUAAAAAGACUGAGCAAAAGGAUGAUAGGGUUACAGCAGCAGUACUUUUCCAAUUUGUAUCUGAUGAUUUGGUUUUCAUAUUGAGUGAGUUUUUCGUUAAGGGUGUGUGUGGUGCCAAAGGCAGUAGGGGUUCUUAGAGGUAUAGGUCGUAGAGUAUGUAAAUCCCAGGGUUCUGCAAUCUAGGCCCUGAGGUGAAUCUCAAUUCCUAUUCCUGGCAUUUUAACUGGAAAUGGGUUCUGGGAAAGAUACGUAAUUUAUUUCAGUUUGUUAUAUUGGGGAAAAAUGAAACCCCAUUCAGGAUAUUGUAAUGACCUGGUGUGACAAGUGCCUCCUGUAAUACAAGGCCAGUUUGAAGGAAAAAGAAAAAUCUUGACAUUCUGCUUUCUAAA